CCGGGGCAACUGAGAAGAAACAUAAAUUGAAGGCGAACCCAGUUAUAGCGCCGGCGCUCGCAUCGUUAACCAACACACCUGCGGCACACGCUCGUUGACGCCCUCAUAACAGCCGCUUAUCGGCCUUGCACCGUCACCCUCUGCUCCUGCUGCCAGCGAUAGCCUGAUCCCGACCAUAGGACUGGUCGGAGCUCUACAGAGCCCCAGUCUGUUCAUUCGAACCCGCACCAUGCGUCCGAAGCUGCCCUCGCUCCCGCUCCCGCUCCGGCCCAGACUAAGACGACGUCAGCGACCCGCGCCGUCCGACUCGCUCUGCAGCCGGCUGCCGCCCGAAGUCGUCGUCGUCAUCCUCUCGCAAGUCUACGACCUCACGCGCUGGCAGCCCUCCGACGCCGCGCCGACCUCGCGCUACUUCAACCACUGGCUCGCCGACUCCCCCGCGCACGCGACGCCCGCCGCGCUCAGCCAGACCGACUUCCUCGCCCUCCUCCGCGUCUGCCGCGGCUGGUACCUCGCGGGCGUCGCCGCGCUCUACGCCGAGCCCUUCCUGCCCUCCCCGCGCGCGCUCAAGCUCUUCGCGCGCACGGUCACCGCCCGCGCGGACCUCGCCGCGCUCGUGCGCACGCUCGUGCUCGUCGAGCCCCCGUUCAGGUUCAGCUGGGUCCGCGUGCUGCUCCUCAGCCGCGGCCGGCGGGAGCGCACGCACCGGCGGCAGGCCGAGCGCGCCGAAGGCCGCUUCUACGCCGUCGUCGCCGCGUGCGCGAAGGUGGACGCGGUGUGCCUGCGCUCGCGCCGGAACACGCACUCGCUCCUCCCGCUCAUCGACGCCUCGGCGACGGGCAUCGCCCGCCUCCGCCGCCUCACGCUCUGCGGCUGGCAGUGGCGCUCGCUCUCGGACACGCUCGCGCUCGGCGCCGCGGUGGCGGGAGGAGCGGGAGGAGCGGGCGACCACCCCGCCGCCGCCGCCGCCGCCUCCGACGCGGCUCUGCGGGGCCUCGAGGAGCUCUCGCUCUCCGACUUUUACCUCCCGCAUUACUUCCGCUUCCCGACGCUGCCCGCGCUGCGGACGCUGCGCGUGUCGGGCACGAUCACGGACAUCUUCGAGCCCGUGUUCGUGGUCCCGCCGUUCGAGGCGCUGCGGACGCUGGAGAAGAUCGAGCUGCAGGGGAACUGCUGGUACGACUACGCGCUGACGCAGUGCAUACAGUCGUACGCGGGCACGCUGAAGGAGCUGAGCCUGAUCGGCUCGGACGAGCUCUGCAUCGCGCGCACGCUCGACCUGCAGGCGUUCGAGGCGCUGAGGCGGCUCGUGAUCGGCCCGCUCGAGCCGGACCAGAGCCCGUUCGAGGUGGUGCGGGUGCCGGCGUCGCUGAGGGUGCUGGUGGCGCAUUCGAUGGUGGGGUGCGCGCGGGGCACGGCGAGGAAGGUCGAGUAUUUCUUUCGGAGCGCGGGGGAGAUGGGGCGGUAUUUGGGGAACGGGGCGGAGUUGGCGGCGGGGAGGAGGAAGGGCGCGAGGUUGGCGGCGAAGGUGGUGGGCGGGGCGCCGCCGGAUUUGGCGUGCUUGUGUCGGGAGUGGAGCAUACCGCUCGAGGAGAUGGACCCGGACGAUGUUGAGCUCGUCGACGACGAGAAGCCGCUGACGUCGUCGCUCACGAUCUCGUUCCUGCCUUCAAAAUGGGAAGACGUCUACGUUCUUUGAAAUUAAACCGACGCCUCUGCUCCGUGUCCAUGAACACUUUCUGAUCUGCCCUCCUUCCUCCCCCUCUCCCUGCUCUGUCGAUCAAAACACCC